AUGCACCUCUUAUCUUCCUCCCCGCUGGUCGCCUUCCUCCUCCUCUCCCUAUUCCAAAUCUCCGUCCUCGCCGGCCCAAGCAUCGCCGACAAUGGAAAAUUCCAGUUAGUCACUCGACAACAGGCCACGACCAGCUGCGCCGAAUAUUCAAUGCUAGCGAACUACUCCACAAUCGGCCUCAACUCAACUUACCGAGCUGCGUUCAUACAAGCCUCACCCCAGGGCACCGAUCCUUCAACGGCAAUUGUCGAUGGGGCAACGAAGAAAUUCAACAGCUUGAAGUUGAAGUUUGAUACGGCCGUGAAUGCCCAGUGCGGGAAUUUGUCGACGCUGGCGGUGGUGGAGGCGGAGAAGAAUUUCACUAUGGGAAUUGUGGGCCCUUUUACGAUCAAGAAGACGACGAAUGCGGGGGUGAGGGUUGGAGGUGAUGGUGGAUUGGGGACGGCGGCUUUAGUGGCUUUGGUAGUGGGUGCUGGGCUGUGGUUGUAG